AUGCUUAUCAACAACACAGACAGAAAUUCAACACCGGAUAGCUUGCUUCCGCCUGCCAACAACAUAAUCGACAAUAAAUGGGUUCAAGCUGUCUUUUGCGUCAUAUACACAAUCAUAUUUGUACUUGGUUUGGUUGGCAACAUUCUCGUUUGCUUCGUCGUCAUUAGAAACAAAGCUAUGCAAACGGUUACCAAUUUGUUUAUCUCCAACUUGGCCCUUUCAGAUAUUUUGCUCUGCGUUUUUGCCGUCCCUUUUACUCCACUCUACUCUUUUCGUGGUUCCUGGAGCUGGGGGACCCUCUUAUGUCACAUAAUGCCUUUUGCACAAGGGUGCAGCGUAUACAUAUCUACUCUUACUCUUAUGUCCAUUGCUAUCGAUAGGUUCUUUGUAAUUAUUUACCCCUUUAGGCCCAGAAUGAAAAUUGAGACCUGCAUUUCGGUCAUUAUAAUGAUCUGGACCUUCGCUAUAACAGUAACAAUGCCUUAUGCGAUAUUUAUGACUUAUUAUGACUUGGAUAUUGGAAGAUUCUGCGAGGAAACAUGGCCGUCUGAGAAACUGAGGAGAUUAUUUGGAUCGGUGACGUCUAUUCUACAAUUUGUAUUGCCUUUUAUUGUGAUUGCAUUUUGUUAUACGUGUGUUAGUUUUAAACUGAACGAUAGAGCCAAAGCAAAAGCUGCAAGCAAGAAUUCACGAAAGGAAGAAAUUGAUAAAAGCAGGAAACGGCGAACAAAUCAAAUGCUCAUUGCAAUGGUGGCCAUCUUCGGUUUUUCGUGGUUACCUUUGAACAUUAUAAAUCUAUGUAAUGAUUACUACAUGUACGCUAUUCAUUACAAGUACUAUUUCUUGAUAUUCUUCACGGUCCAUGUCAUUGCUAUGGCGUCAACAUGCUACAACCCUUUUAUCUAUGCGUGGAUGAAUGAAAACUUCAGGAAGGAGUUCAAGCAGCUAAUUCCAUGCAUUGAUUCUUCAGCAAAUAUUCGUGGCCAUAUUCAAUUGCAGCAACUAGGGGUAGGUCCUUCCGAAAAGACGUUUAAUGGGAACACGACAACAGACAGCUACUUGGGAUCGAGCUCUCAGAGGUCGACAUCGUUUAGGCAUAAAAGAAAGCCAAGUGCAGCAGCAGAUGUGGAGAAAAGUGGCGUAGAACUGAAUGAAGACUUGUUGAUUGACGUGAAACAUUGUCACAUUUCGACGAGCUAUAAUUUGAGGAGGGAGUCUGUGAAGCUGAGGCUGAUUAAUGAGGAGUCAUUUGAUACUGCUGGCAAUCAAAGUCAAUUCUAACAGUUGAUGUCCCGGGUGCGGCGAUGGAGACGCUCCCAAACUUGAAAACAGAAUGGAUAAUUUGAAAAUCACCCAAUAUUUUUGGAGUAUAUUUUUUGUACGAACGACGUCUUCUACUAUGCACGUUUUCUACUAAAUAACAUCAAUACGCUUAUGAAGUUACUAACCUUUAGAUAUAUUGUGAUAUUUAUUUCUUUUUGAUACCUACCACUUUUGGAUCGCAAGAUUUUUAAACGGACUGUAUUAUAAAUGACUACUAUAUAUAUCGAGUUCUUAGGUUUUUGCGACAGUUAUACAUUGGAGAUGAAACAUUUUUUUCGGAUCUAUAUUUUUUUUCAAAAACGUUUUGGGCCCUGAUCCC